CACAUAGCAAAUGAGACGAACUAGACAAGAGGUUCGUCUAUUUAAAAUAAGAUAUAAGAUAAAAUGGUAUAAAUAGGCUUUCGUCUUUGAAAUAGCACAUUCAGGGAGUUAAACCCCGUGUGUAACAACGAAAAUGCGCGGAUUAUUCGUUGUUUGUUUGUGCUUGGGCGUUGCCCUUGCUGCUGAAUUCCCUGGAAAGUUCCAGUUCAACUCAAAUGCCCGCCGAUUCAACAGCGGCGUGAGCGCCUCGGCGUCGGCCAGCUACAAUGGCCGCUACAACGCUGGUACCUACAACGACAACUCUGGACGCUACCGCGGCGACGUCAACUCUGGACGCUAUGUCGACAAUUCUGGACGCUACAACCCCGCUGCCGACAACUCGGGUCGCUACGUGCCCGAUGAUCUUGGAAAAUACAACGGUGACCGAGGCGACCGCGGUGGGGCCGGUGGUUUCUACAGCGGUUCCAGCGACCGUGGCGGUCCCGGAGGCUUCUACAAGGGCUCGAGCGACCGUGGCGACCGCGGCGGUCCCGGUGGCCAGUACACCGGUGACAGCAACAGUGGUUUCGGUGCUGGUGGUGCCGGUGGUGCUGGAAACGCCGGUGGCGCCAACAGCGCUAGCGCCUCAGCGUCUGCUGGCGCUGGCGGUUCCGCCAAGGCCUCCGCGUCCAGCGGCGUCGGCGGUGGCUCCAGGUUUGGCUCUGGUGUUGGCGUGAGCGGCAAGGCUGGCUCCACCUUCGGCUCCGGUGUUGGUGUAAGCGGCGUUGGUGUUAGCGGCGUCGGCGUGUCCAGCAGUGCUAGCGCUGGCUCCGGAAAGGCUUACAGCAGCGGCAACGCCGGCAACUACGAGUACAAAUACGGCAUCAUCCGUCAAGAGGGAGAAGUUGAACCUGAUGGCUACCACUACCUUUACGAGACCGAGAACAAAAUCCUAGCCGAAGAAGCCGGUAAGCUAGAAAAGGUUGACAGCGAAAACGACGCUAUAAGAGUCAAGGGAUUCUAUGAGUUCGUCGCCCCUGAUGGCAUCACCUACAGAGUCGACUACACCGCCGACGAAAACGGCUUCCAUCCCUCUGGCGCCCACAUCCCCAAGAUAUUUCUGCUGUCGUUACUAUCAAUCAGUCACUGUUCCCCGUUUGACGAUGGGAAAUACAAUCCGAAAAAAUAUCGUGUUUAUGACGACGGACGGUAUUAUCGGCCUUUAGGCGAAGGAAAAUACGUCAGAGGAGACGAGGGUAAAUACACGUACGUGUACAGACAAGGCCUGUAUCCCGAAGAUGACGGAGAUUACAGAUAUGUACACCAGGAGGGUCCAAACGGAGGUUUUGGGGGCAAUGGUGGAUUUGGAGGGAACGGAGGCUUUGGAGGCAAUGGAGGGUUUGGAGGCAAUGGAGGAUUUGGAGGAUUUGGAGGAAAUGGAUACGGAGGAGGAUACGGAAAUGGAGAUGGAUAUGGAAAUGGAGAUAGGUACGGCGACAGCAGCGAUCGAGAUGAUUCAUCAUAUAAGCCAAAUAAAAUCGAUUAUGGGGGAAAGAUUUACGCAGAGCGAUACCCUCAUAUCCACAAGAUCAUUAAGGCGCUGGUAAACCAGUACGUGUCUUCGGACUACAUCGGCUUCAGCGACGAGUUGCAGGGUAGCUCGGCGCACUACAACAAGAUGUUUGCAGAUAAGGAGGUGGCUGUCAAGUGCCACUACCUCUCGCCAACGCCACAGGCGAAUGCUUCGGAGUUCGUUACGCAGUACCCACCACGCUUUAAUUCUCUGCCUGGAGAUAAAUCAGGGUCCUUCUACAGCUUCAAAGGCACGAAGGUCCUGAGCACAGUCGCCAACUCUCGCCCGAGCAAGCUUAAUCUGGAGUACGAAGUGUUCAACCGAUUGUCAUUUAAACUGUAUCAUUCGAGUUAUUUCGCUCGGUUCAAGCGUUCUUUUGCUAACAUGAAGCUGAUUUUGUCCCUCGUGGUGAUCGCUGUACUCGGCCUCAGUGUAGCUGAGGACGAUGGCCAGUACAAGCCAGGGCUAUACGGGGAUGACGGCAAGUACCGUCCGGGCGACGAGGGACGCUAUUACGGAUCGCCUGACAGCAAGUACCGUGUGUACACAGCUUUAGACAAUAGGUACAGGAGCCUGAUCGGACGGAAUGGCAAAUACAAUUCGAUCUACACCGCGUACCAGCCAGUAUACGUGAAGGCGUACAAUCCGUACAAUCAACCGCUGCUCACCCCUUACGUCAACUAUGGAGACCAAAAUGGGCUCGAAGUAGAACCCUUCGCUUCAUCGCUAGCAACGGUGACCGCGCGCCCAUCAGUAGCGUCAGUGCCCGUCCUGCCAUCAGCUCGGCCCUUCGUCUACUCAGUGAAACCUAGGCCCUUAGCUUCCUACGCACCCGUGGUCUACUCAAGAUCAGGCUAUGAGCCCAGCGCAAAAAUCCUCAGACUAGAAAAUGACGUGGAUGUUGACGGAUACCAUUAUCUUUACGAAACGGAAAAUGGUAUCGCGGCUGAAGAAGCAGGGAAGGUUGAGCCAGCUGUAAACGGUGGAGGCACCAGAGCUAAGGGAUUCUAUGAAUAUAUUGGAGACGAUGGCGUCAAGUACCGCGUGGAUUACACGGCUGAUGAAAAUGGCUUCCGACCGAUUGGUGCUCAUUUGCCUAAAGCUUGAAUUUUCCUUGUCAAUGUUCCCAUUUGUUAAAUAAAUUGUUGCCGUGGAAUUAAUGUCAUUAUUAUUUUUAA